AACAGCUGCUUUGCUUUGCUUUGCUUGGGUGGUGUUCUCCGACCACACUCCUCGCUCGCUGGAUCCCCUCCCUCCGGCCUUCGUCCACCGCACCGAUCGGAGCUGCUGCAUCGCGACGCGAGGAGCACCGCCGACGCCAUGGGAGAUUCAGGCGCCAAUAUCAGCAGCAACGGCACUGACGCGAGAGCUUCACUCGCUUGCCCUAACUGCAAUUAUCUGAACUUGGCCGGAUUUCCAGCGGGUCUCAGGUUUAAUCCGUCAGACCAGGAGCUCAUAGAACACCUAGAGUCCAUGGUGUUGGCGAAAGAAGGAGGAGGCUCCAGAGCACACGCUCUCAUAAAUCACUUCAUACCAACCAUUGAAGAAGACAUUGGCAUUUGCUACACCCAUCCUGAGAAUCUCCCUGGUGUGACAAGAGACGGCCAAAGCAAGCAUUUCUUCCACAAGACAUCAAAAGCCUAUCCAACUAGCACAAGGACGAGGAGAAAGAUCAUGUCAGAGCGCAGCCAGCGCGGCAGUGAAGAUGUUGGGGAGGCGCGUUGGCACCGGACCGGCAAUACGCGUCCGUUGAUCGUGGGCGGUAGGCAGAAGGGGUUCAAAAAGAUCCUGGUAUUGCACAAUGUGAAUCAUGGGAAGCGAGAGAAGACCAACUGGGUUAUGCACCAAUACCACCUCGGCAUGAGUGAGGAGGAGAAGGAUGGGGAGCUGGUCCUAUCCAAGGUCUUUUAUCGUUGUCCUAAUACGACAAUGAUAGAACAAAACGAUGAAAAGGUAGAGGUAACCUCAGAGGCAACACCAAAUAUCCUCCCUGUCUCUGGGCUGCAGCAGUCACUACAACUACUGUCACCAUGGUGCAAAUGCAGCAGCACCAAGUGCAUAGGCAUGCUCAAAGUCACAGCCAGUGCAAGUUUGUACCUACAAAGAUGUUUCACGAGGCUGGUGUAGGUGACCCAGUAUCAGGUGAUCACGGAGUACAAGUGCAUGGCAAUAAUCACCACAUACCAUCGCAACAUCAUGAGCAAUCAGUGUACAUGGAACAAGAUACUACCUUGUCAGUACAGGUUGGUGUAGGUGACCCAGUAUCAGGUGAUCAAGGACAAGUGCAUGGCAAUAAUCAUCAUGACAUACCAUCACAACAUUAUCAUGCGGAAUCAGUGGACAUGGAACCAGAUACUACCUUGUCUUUAGCUCUGAGUACAGGUGUGUUCAUUAGUGUACAAUUUUGGACCAUUUUUCAGAAGGAUAGUUAUAGUCAUGAAGUACUGCUACUAUAAGUAACUAAGUUCCGGUAGCAUAGAUAUCACACUACAACAUGUCCCAUUAUAGAAGGCAUUUGGUCAAAGGCAUUUUUUUCUGAAGUGCCUCAAUUUAUUGUUGUAUAAAGGCAUUUCUCUUAAAAGGCCCUUAAAAGUAUAUUUUUAAAGGCAAACUAAAAAACGCCUUAAAUAACUACAAUCUUUUGAGGCGUUUUAUAAAAAAUGCCUUAGUUACUUACAACCU